UGAUGCGGCGAAUCUGCGCUCCCUCCUGUCCGCUAUAUAAAGCGCGCACAGCGGCAGCAGCGCACAGUUUUCAGAGGACAGCUCCGCGGUGGUGAAACCUCUCUCACGGCCGUCACAGCUUUCACACCAGGAGAGGGACCAUGGAGGGAUUCUCGUGGAAACUUUUUCUCUUUUCCAGCCUGUUUGCUGCAGCGGGCUCCGCGCAGGACUUUGGACAGACGCAGUUUAUUUGCACGUCGGUGCCCAAAGACGUGGACUUGUGCACCGCCGCGAUGCAGAACAGCGGGCCGGCGGAAGACCUCAAGACCACCAUCAUCCAGCUGCGGGAGACCGUGCUGCAGCAGAAGGAGACCAUCGUGAACCAAAAGGAGACAAUCAGGGAGCUAACGUCCAAGCUGAGCCGCUGCGAGAGUCAGAGCCUCCCGGCGGCCGCGGGGCCCGGCGGGAGGCGGCCGGGGGCCAAGAACACCAUGGGGGAUGUAUCCCGGGGCACCGCGGACACUUUGGCGCAGCUGGGACAGACUUUACAGACGCUUAAACAGAGACUGGAGAAUCUGGAGCAGUACAGCCGAGGAAAUAACAGCGCACAGGCGAACAGCCUGAAGGAUCUGCUGCAGAACAAGAUAGAUGACAUGGAGAAGCAGGUUCUGUCCCGGGUCAACACGUUAGAAGAAAGCAAACCGGGACACAGGAACGAGACCGACCAAAGGAACAGAGUGGAGUCGACGCUCACCUCUCUGCACCACCAGAUCUCCGACCUGGAGAAAGGCAAAGAGACCAGGAUAGCAGACAGAUUCCAGCUCACCUUCCCAUUAAGAACCAACUACAUGUAUGCCAAAGCCAAGAGGAGUCUUCCUGAGAUGUACUCCUUCAGCGUGUGUCUCUGGAUCAAGUCCAACGCCUCACCUGGGGUGGGGACGCCCUUUUCCUACGCCGUUCCGGGCCAAGCCAACGAGCUCGUGCUGAUCGAGUGGGGGAACAACCCCAUGGAGUUCCUCAUCAAUGACAAGGUUGCAAAGCUGCCGUUCCUCAUCAAUGACGGAAAGUGGCAUCACCUCUGCAUCAUGUGGGCCACUCGUGACGGGAUGUGGGAGGCCUUCCAGGACGGAGUGAAGCGGGGCGACGGAGAGAAUCUGGCACCGUACCACCCUAUCAAACCAGAUGGAGUGCUGGUUCUGGGACAAGAGCAGGACACGCUGGGUGGAGGCUUCGAUGCGACACAAGCCUACGUGGGUGAACUCGCACACUUAAACAUCUGGAACAGGAAACUCUCAGUGGCGGAAAUCUCCAACUUGGCGACCUGCAACAGCAAAGCGCCUACCGGUAACGUCUUCUCCUGGACAGAGAGCAACAUUGAAAUAUUUGGCGGAGCCACCAAAUGGACCUUCGAGCCGUGCAGCUCAAUCAACUGAGCCGCAUCUCCUCCUUCUGGAAAAGAAAGAAAACAAAAAAAAAAAAAAACAAGGCCUCCGUGUAAUUCAGAGCUUUUGUCGUUCCUGUCCUCAUUUGACCUUUGUUUUAGAGAGUUAUUGGUAAGCUUAAAUCUGGGAUUUAUGUCAUUCUUAGGUAUUCCUGUGCAAAAAAAAAAAAAACAACACCUUUCAACUUGAGAAGGGGGAGGAAAAAGAAAAAAAGAAAAUCUCAUUCCUCUUGGAAACCUCUGUGAGAAAAUAUUGGUAUCUGCUGUUUUUUUUUUUUCCCCCUUUCUUUCUUGGAUGUUGAGUUGAGAGCACACCUAAGCUUUUCGUCCUGGCUUAUUUUUCGUCUUGGACUGGCAGCUGGCAAUCUGCGCCUUAUGUUUCGACGAUUCACAAUCCAAGAGAGGAAUUACAUAACCGGUCCCAUCGCCCUCCCCCUCCCUCUCCUGUUUUCCUUGGAGAGCGGGAGAUUACGCUGUCCGUCCAAUUUUUGUCAGUGUUUGGCGCUGUGAAGUGAUGUCCGAUGCGGUACAGCUCCUAAUGACCCCCAGCCUCCUCCUCCUCAGCCCUCAAUGGCUCCACCCACUCCGCCCCGCCCUGCCCCGCCCCCUCCCGACCCCGACACCCACCCCGCCCUCCGGAACUUGCACUGUGACUGACAAAACAUGACACUGCAAAGGAUGAAGGACAUUGCAAAAAGUCAGACUGCGGGUAAAAGUCGAUCUGUAAUCAUCGUUCGUUUUGCGUUUUUUUUUUUUUUUCUCUCCCUGUGAGAAUGUUGUGAACUUGCCAACAUCGCUACGAAGCCUGGGUGCCUUGGGCUGGUAUGAAUAUUCAGCACAUUUGGUACGUUUUCGGUUGCAAAUUCAGUGUUUUACUAGUUUGUGUUUUUUUUCGUUUUCUUAUUUAGGUUAAUUUAUUUUUUUGAGCUGGGUUAAGUUCCUUGUUCUUCUCUCCUGUUGGUAAAUGUGAUUUAAUUCUGGUUUGUUAUCUGACAUGACGUGUUUUGGCAGGUGUUUGUACUCCUCUGUAUUAGGAAUGUUACAGUGUCUGUAUAGUAACAGCAUGACUGACAGAGUGCUGUGGAAGCAUUGUUGAAAUCUGCUUUACUAUCCUCUCUGGGUCUGGGUUUUUUACUGUAUUGUUAUAUGCUCCAAGCAUGGCAAAACUGACAGAUGAAGAAAUUUAAUUUUUGUAAUAAAAUUGUGAUACUAAAUGUCAAAAA